GAUGACCCGUAACCCUAGACCUGCAGUCUUGAUAAGUAGCUCUAUAUCACGGAUUUUCUGUUUUGGUUUCAGAAAUCAGAGGAGUGACUCUUCGCCGGAGCCUCUACCACUAACUCGCCGGAAAAUGAUUCUGCUCCAUUUUCAGUGAGAACUAAAAUGAGAGAAGAGCGGGGCCCGAGACCUGCAGAAACAGACCCGACGAACUCGCCGGAUUUCUCAGUCGAAAAGCCAACUCUCCGGCAAGUUAUUCAAUUCAUUUCUUCCUUGAUAUCUCUUUCUCAUUCCGUUAAAGUUUUUGCCUCAAAAUGGAAGUUAAUCAGGGACAAGCUCGAGGAAUUGAAUUCCGGCUUAAUCGCGGCCGAUAACUGUGAUUCCGACGAAAAUCCUGCAAUCUCAGCCCUAAUUCCGAAAGUAAUAGAGACUGCUACUGAAUGCCACGAUCUCGCUCGCCGCUGUGUUGACCUCUCUUUCAGUGGGAAGCUUUUGAUGCAGAGUGAUUUGGAUGUAAUCUGUGCGAAAUUUGACCGCCAUGCGAAGAAGCUUUCGGAUAUAUAUACAGCCGGCAUUUUGUCCCAAGGGUUUGCCAUCGUCGUUUCUAGGCCCGGCCUCGGUGCUUGUAAAGACGACAUGAGGUUUUAUGUGAGGGACAUAGUAACGAGAAUGAAGAUCGGUUGUUCAGAUCUGAAGAGGCAAGCUCUGGUUAAUCUGCUUGCUGCCGUAAUUGAAGACGAGAAGUAUGUGAAAGUGAUAAUAGAAGUUGGGGAGAUAGUGAAUCUCCUGGUUAAUUUUCUUGGUUCUCCGGAGACGGAACUCCAAGAAGCGGCUCUGAAAGUGCUUCAUAUUAUUUCUGGGUUUGAUUCCUACAAAGCAGUUCUAGUUGGGAAUGGGAUCAUCGCGCCAUUGAUUCGGGUUAUGGAAUGUGGGAGUGAGGUGGGAAAGAACAUUGCCGCCAGGUGUUUGUUAAAAUUCACGGAGAAUUCAGAAAACGCUUGGUCUGUAUCUGCCCAUGGCGGAGUAACAGCUCUAUUAAAAAUAUGUUCGAGUAGUGAUUCUAAAACAGAAUUGAUCGGCCCGGCUUGUGGGGUGCUUAGUAAUCUCGUUGGUGUUGAAGAAAUUAAGAGAUUCAUGAUUGAAGAAGGUGCAAUUUCAACGUUUAUUAGGGUCGCUCGAUCCAAAGAUGAAGCUGUGCAAAUAAAUUCCAUCGUCUUUCUCCAAAACAUAGCCUAUGGGGAUGAAUCAGUAAACAAUUUGCUGGUCAAAGAAGGUGGAGUUCGCGCUUUAGUUCGUGUUUUGGAUCCGAAAUCUUCGUCCUCAUCCAAAACCCUGGAGGUAGCGCUGCGAGCAAUUGAAAACCUGUGUUUCUCAUCAAUCAGUUAUGUAAAUAUUUUGAUGAACUACGGGUUCAUGGAUCAUCUUCUUUUCUUCUUACGAAAUGGGGAAGUUUCUCUUCAAGAAGUAGCUCUGAAAGUUGCAGUUAGGCUCUGCGGGACAUCAGAGGAGGCCAAGAAAGCCAUGGGGGAUGGAGGGUUCAUGCCAGAAUUUGUGAAGUUUCUUGGUGCAAAGUCCUUCGAAGUUCGAGAAAUGGCAGCCGAGGCACUCUCAGGCAUGGUCAUGAUCCCUAAAAACAGAAAGAGAUUUGUGCAGGACGAUCGAAACGUAGGGAUGCUUUUGCAAAUGCUCGACACAGAGGAGGGAAAUUCAGGUAACAAAAGGUUCCUCUUUUCGAUAUUAAACUCAUUAACUGGAAGCAGUAGUGGAAGAAGAAAGAUUGUGAAUUCUGGGUAUAUGAAAAACAUUGAGAAACUUGCAGAAGCUGAAGUUUACGAUGCCAAGAAGCUGGUCAGGAAAUUGUCCACAAACAAAUUCCGUAGUCUGUUGAGUGGAAUCUGGCAUUCUUGAAUGUAAUUUUUUUCCUUGUUUGUAAUAUCCUAAUUUUCUUCUCCUUCUCCUUACAUGAUUUUGUUUAUUAAAUCCAAUACCUGAUUUCACAAACACUUGAGAAUCCCACCCUUUACCUUCCAAGAACAGCUUAAUAAUGAGAGUGUAUUUAGAAAGCUCUAAUUUAAUCAUCUCCAACCACCACCCACAUAAACUUCUGUGUAAUUAUAAAAGCCCCGAGCAAAUACAUUAAAUCAGAUUCAGUGUAGUUGAGUUGAGGAUGGGAAGAAGAAGAGCACAUGGGGGAAGAGAAGACAUUGAAUACAACAGAGAGGGGAUUAUGAGCAGUUUUAAUCAACCCUUCUGCCCAUCUGCCAUUUCGGGACAUUGACACUGAGAAGACACUAGACAGUGAUGGAUGAAGAUGCUGUAUUUUUCUUUUGUAUUUUUCUUUUUCUAAAUCCCGUCUGUUGUGUCAGGCUCACACUGGCCAGUUUCUUAAAAUAUCAAUAAAGUUAAUGUAACUGCAAAGUGAAUGUUAAAUUAAAUGGGUUGUUUACCA